UAUAAAAUCCACUACUAUAUACAACUAAAUUAUUUUCAUGAAAAUUAUAGCACUGUUAAAAAAUGCAGAGAACAAUAAGUAACGAUGAAAAAAUGGAGGAAGUUCCAGAUAAAUUAAAAAAUAGGAAAACCAAACCAAAGAGAAAAUAUCCAGGAUUCCGGCAAAAUUUGUACGAUUAUAUACAAGAAUUUACUGAUUAUACUGGCAUACAUGGAUUUAAAUAUAUGGGAGAACAGGACAGAACGAUUUUCGAAAAGUUAUGGUGGAUCGUCCUGUUCUCCAUAUCCCUUUGGAUAUGUAUAAGUCUCAUUAUCGAUACCUGGAAAAAAUGGGACACAUCUCCGGUGUUAGUAAGUUUUGCCGAAGGUCAGAUACCCGUAUGGCAGAUUCCAUUCCCAGCAGUAACAAUCUGUCCAGAAACCAAAACUAAGCAAACUAUAUACAAUUUCACAGAUGCAUUCGGCAGAUACCAGUAUGAAGGCAAUCUGACAGAAGAAGAACUAAGGCAUCUUUCCGACACCACUCUAAUUUGUGAUAAUCAUAUUUACAACGACGGUAAUGAAACUAUUGGACUGGACACGAUCGAUUAUCUAAUGAGCAUUGCUCCCCAAUUUGACGAUGUUUUCUUCGGUUGCAAGUGGACUUUAUUAAAUGAAAGCUGCUAUAAUCUAUUCACACCCUCCAUGACAGAAGAUGGACUAUGUUUUACGUUCAAUGUGUUAGAUAGAAGCGAUAUAUUUAGAAAGAACGUUGAUCUAUACAAAGACUAUUUGGAACAUGGAAGAAGUACAGAAGGCUGGACAUUAGAGAACGGUUAUCCUGUAGGAACACCUAGAGACACGUUUCCUAGAAGAGCCAUGUCAGCAGGAUCAUCAGCCGGACUAUUUCUGUUAAUAAAAGCGUUCAAACAGGACCUAGAUUACAUCUGCAAAGGACCAGUUCAGGGUUUCAAGGUGCUUCUGCAUCAUCCAGCGGAGAUUCCCAGGGUGAGCAGUAAUUACUUUCGAGUACCUCUAAACCAGGAAGUAGUGGUCUCAAUCGCGCCGGAUAUGAUGACAACUUCUGAGGGGCUAACGGAAUAUGAACCGCACAGAAGGCAGUGCUACUUCCCAAAGGAAAAAUAUCUGCGGUUUUUCCAGUACUACACGCAACAGAAUUGCGAAGUAGAGUGCUUAACCAACUAUACUCUGGUAAAAUGCGGAUGCGUUGCCUACCACAUGCCAAGAGAGAAGUCAACUCCAAUAUGCGGCGCAGGAAACUUGGAGUGCAUGCUUGAAGCCAAAAACGAACUGCUUCAAAACGGAGUUGACGCUGAAAUAUCCAACCAAAAUUCGAAUGAUCCGAAUAUGAAAGACUUCUUGAAUUGUGACUGUUUGCCCAGUUGUACAUCUUUAAAUUACGAUUCUGAAUUUACUCAAGUUCCAUUCCAUUGGGAAAAGAUUUUCGAGGGUUACAGAUCGGAUAUCAACGAAUUUCCUGGGAUUCAGCUAUCCAGAAUAACUUUCUUCUUCAAGGAGCAGCAGUUCAUAACAUCAGAAAGAAACGAACUCUAUGGCCUGGCAGACUUUUUAGCUAAUUGUGGCGGUAUUCUUGGAUUGUUUACGGGAUUUUCAUUCUUAUCUAUAGUAGAAAUAGUCUACUUCUUGUUUUUACGAUUUCUAUGUAAUGUAAAAAUGUAUGGAAAGCAUUAUUGGUCGGGUUCAUCGAGACUUAUUAACGAUGAGAACUACGUACAUUAAGAUAUGGACAAAUACAAGAUGGUAUUAAAUUAUACUUCUCAUUUCUCAUUACAUAAAACGUAAAGGAGCAUUUGGAAAUGUUUUUUAAUUUGUUCCGUCAUAUAUGUAUAUAAUAAUUAUAUACAA